CUCAUUAAGGGUAAAAAAGCUACUUUUAAAGCUGAAGUGAAAGAGGAAGCAGAAGAGCCGUAUGUGAUGGAUGAUGAUCCAUGUAAGGAGGAGGAAAGUCCUCCAGAGAUCAGCACAGACCCCGGAGACACCAGAGACACUCGGAGAGAUGUCAAAGCUGAGGAGGAGGAAGAUGGACAUGUGAGAAUUGGAGCAGAUGCAGAAGAUCCAGAUGCGAUGGGUGAGCAGUUUAGGGAAGAGGAAAUCCCUCCAAAGAUCAGCACAGGAAAAACCCAGAGAAAUGUUCCAUUGUCCUCCGAGGUGAAACAUAAGACAGCUGUUCUUCAGAAAAAAUCCUAA